AUGACCAUUCAAAACAAUUCUAAAACAAUAUGGAUUUUCAACAAUCAGAGUAAGAUGAUGACACAAAAUUUUUCCUUCUCCUUGUUCGGAAAUAGAAAACAAUCUGAUUUUAAAAAACUUACAGCCAUUCAAAUCAAGGAGAAUGCAUUCCGAAAUGAAUUACUGACCAAGGAUGAAGCCUAUAAACAUUGCCUUUCUCAUAAUGUAUUAACACGACAAUUAUUGGAAUAUUUUGAAAUUAUUCAUCAAAUGAACAUGAAUCAACUUGAUGGUGAUGCACAUUUAGAUGUUGAAAAAAAGAUUUUUGAAUUUCUUUUAUUGAAGAGGAGAACAUUACUUCCCAAUGUAAAUGGAGAUGGUAUAUUUUUGAAAGGACAAGUGAAAAAAGGCCAAGUAGUUUGUCUGUAUCCUGGUAUGGUUUAUGACAGCAGUGAUCCCAUUUUCUUUCAAUCAAUAGGAAAUCAUUUCAUCAACCAAAGAAGCCCAUGUUGUAGAGUGGAUGGCAACGACAGAUUUAUUUCAAAAUUAUUCUUCCAAUCCUAUUCAACACGAGACGACAUCAUUUUAACAAAUGGUCAAGUCAUUAAGCAAUGUGACGCCUCAUGGCUAAAUUUUCGUCAUGUUCACGAUCAUACCUAUGAAGACCCUCACAUGUUUGACAAUACAAACAACAACGAUGCUGCUUAUUGGCAAGUAAGAAAACAAUUCUCAAUCAAAAAUCAUUUAAACAUUGGGCAUUACAUUAACUCUCCUGUCACAAACGAUGAAACAUCCAAUGAUCACAACAACCAUCAAAAUCCCAAGUUCGAAAGUAAUGUCAUGUACUAUGAAUAUGAUUUCAAAUUACAUGAAUGGCCACUUCACCUUCGGCAGUACAUUCCAAAUCUCUCUUACAAACCACUCUCUGAAGACUCUCAAUUGCUUACCAAAUCCAUUUUACUUAUUUCACUCUGUGACUUGAACAGUCCAAAAGGCGAAAUUGAACUUUUUGCAAACUAUCUCCACUACGACGAUGAUAACAGCAAUUAA